CCUUCACUACUUUGUCCUCACUGCUAUAAGCGAGCCUGAUUUCUCGACUCUGUAUCUCCAUCUGCCUCAUUCAACUCCUUCUCCCUUUAUCCUUCUCUCCAUCCUCAUUGCACACAGCAUCUUAAAGUAGCAAACGGUACCAGGAAAAAGCUCCAGGACUGGUGUAAGGACACAGAGAGUAAGGGAGGAUGUGGUCUCUAAAGCAUGGCCUCGUCUUUUUUUCAUUCAUCCAGAAAUAUCUGCUCUGCCUUUCCCUAAUUGCCCCUUCAGCGAGUACGGAUGUUCCAAAGAAGAGUCCAUUCUCAUGGAAAACAGGCAUGUGGGGUGAGUGCAUAGCUCCAGAGUGUGGAUCUGCAGGCCUGCAGGUUCGCUCUGUGUGGUGCGUUCACUCCGAAGGCUGGAGCACACACCACUCCAACUGUCACCCCUGGAAGCGUCCAGCGCUCCAGCGCACAUGUGUGAAGGUCUGUGAGUGGCAGCGCCAGCUGUUCGGAUGGCAAACAUCUGCAUGGGGUCCGUGUUCUCCAACUCCUCUCCUGCCUGCUGAACAGUGUGUGACGGCACAACGUGGCCUGCAGAGGCGAACUGCGGUGUGUGUCCUUCAUUUAAACAGCACUACCGUGAGCUCACACAUGUGCGAAGCAUUUUCUCCUACACCCGAGCUGGAGAGAGCGUGUCUGUUGCCAUGCCCGCUCAACUGCGUCGUUUCAGCCUUCUCUCCUUGGUCACCUUGCAGCCGUACCUGUGCUCCCGCCCUACAGCACCGUACACGCCAUGUGUUGGCCCCGCCUCUUUACGGUGGAGCUGCGUGUCCGAGCCUAACGCAGGUCCGACCCUGCAGCCACAGCACUGCCCAGUGUCCUUCCGACCAACAGAAGCACAGCUACAGCUUGUGGGCGGGAACUUGGAGUCCUUGCAGACGUAAAGGUGCGAUGCCUAGUGGAAGGACCACGGUGGACUUUACUAACAGUCUGAGCGGACACGUUGUGGUAAAAUCAUCACACACAGUCAAGCAGAACGCUGGGAAUAUCCUUAUUCAACAUCAUCACCAUGAUCACCACAGGAGCCUCAGGGCAUCAUGGGAUAUUCACGUCGGCUACCAAACCCGGCAAGUCCGUUGUAUGAGAAGUGACGGCAAGAACGCCAUGCUAAGUCUGUGCGAUCAUUCCGGCACCCCUGUAAACUUCCGCUCUUGCGUGAUGCCCAGAGAUUGUGAUGUUACUGGUUGGUCAGCAUGGAGUCAGUGCUCUAAAACCUGUAGGACAACAGACCAAUCACCAGCCUUUAGGAGCAGGAAACGCAGCGUGAGGACAGUGCCUAUUGCUGGAGGAGAAGAAUGUCCUCCCCUAGAAGAAGUAGAGACUUGUAACACACUAGAAGACUUGCUUCCACUUUGUCCCAGGUAUGACUGGAGGGUGACGACCUGGGGUUCGUGUCAGGUGAGACCUCUCAUCAGUCAGCAGGACCAUCGUCACGAUAACAGCAGCAUUCUAUGCGGAGGUGGGAUCCAGACCCGGAAGGCGUACUGUGUCAGGAUAUUUGACAACACAACAAAAUCCCACAUGUCCAGACCUGUUGGGCAGAGCUUCUGCUCCAAUCCUCCUCCAUCGCUGAUCCAGUUUUGUUCCAUUCCCUGUUCUAAACCUUGCCAGCUCUCCCCCUGGUCACCCUGGGGACCUUGUAUCCAUGACAACAGUAUAGAGCAUUCUGGAACAAAAGGUUUCAAAUUCAGGAUGCGCUUCAUUGUUGAGGAGCCCUGGGGUGAGUCCGAGAGCUGCCCUCAUGUGAGCGAGGCGAUGACCUGUGAUCACCCCAUAAGCUUCCAGUGGCGUGUGACGUCACAAGGACCCUGCAUGCCUCAAGACGGAGCUUGUGGCCGUGGAACCCAAGAGCAGACAGUGGAGUGUGUUACUGUGACAGGAGACGUGGUUCCUCCUGAGCAUUGUCCAGGAGAUCCUCCUCCACUCCUCCAGAAGCCGUGCGAGAUGCAGUGUCCUGAUGACUGUGUGCUGGGAGACUGGAGUUCCUGGUCCUCCUGCUCCCACUGCUGCUCCAGCAAACUGCCGCACGGCAAACAGAUCCGCUCCCGUGUGAUUCUCGCACCUCCAGGAGAGCAAGGGAAAGGAUGCUUGCCCGCACCUGUACUAGAACAGUGGAGAGCCUGUGGCACCCAGGCAUACACAGUGUACCACUGGGACACUUCUCCCUGGGGCCCCUGCACUCCAGACUCUGGCACAGACAGAAACAGCACAGAGCAGGAAGAGCUGGAGGAAAGGGCUUGUGGCACUGGGAUACAGACUCGCCGUGUGUCCUGCAGAAGAGCCAGCGGUGGACAGGUGGAGCCAAGCAGCUGUCCUGAAUCAACCCGCCCAGAUCAGAAACGUUCCUGUAUACUUCUAUGCAAGGUCGACUGCAUCGUUACACCUUUUAGUGAAUGGAGCCCAUGUCCAAAAUCCUGCUCACCAACAAAUAUCACUAUUAGCACCCAGUCCCGACAUCGGAUCAUCAUUCAGAGGCCGGCCAGUGGUGGUCAGGAAUGUCCAGCCACACUUUUCGAGGAGAGAGAAUGUGACCCACAACCUCUGUGUCCAAUAUACAGGUGGCAGACACAUCGCUGGCAGCAAUGCAUCUUGGUCCCUGAUUCAGUAAGACAGGCGGUCAGUAGCCAUACUGAAACCUGUGGGCUUGGCUUGCAGACCAGGGCAGUGACAUGUGUUGGGAUGGAUGAUGCUCCUGCAGACAUGGCAGAGUGUGUGCGGUGGGCAGGAGCGAUGCCCAACGCAGUCCAGCAGUGCAGGGUGGCAUGCAAAGAUGACUGCAUCUUCAGCUCCUGGAGCAAAUUCUCCCAGUGCCAGGGCUGUGGAGGCUCACGCACUCGCACACGUUCGCUUAUAGGCCGCAGUAAGAAAUGGUGGCGCUGCCAGCAGGAGACGCUGGUGGAGAGAGAAGCAUGUCCCUGCUCUAAGUAUCAUAUACAAGUCCAUGGACCAUGGUCUCCAUGUCUGCUUCCUGAGCUCCACCAAUCUGCUGGCUAUCCUUUCACUAAGAGGCGUUCCCUUCUGGUUCAGAGGAUCACCCAAUCAUGGCGUAUGCAUGCGGAGGGCAAGGAGUGUGGCCAAGGGUUGCGCUAUAGAGCCCUUGCAUGUCUGGACCAUGACGAGCGUCUGGUUAAUCCAGCUCUUUGCAACAGCAGUGGUGUUGAAGAGGAAGAGUGUGUAGUGUCCUGUCCUCUUGACUGCAGGCUGAGUGAGUGGUCUGCCUGGUCCUCAUGUAGCGCCCCCUGUGGCGGAGGUGUGAAGGUGCGUGCUCGGUGGUUAAGAGAGAAACCUUUCAAUGGAGGACGGCCCUGUCCGAAACUAAACAUCAAAAAUCAGGUGUCUGAGGUAGUGCCUUGUUAUUCUGAGUGCAAUCAGUAUAGUUGGGAGGCUGAGCCGUGGUCCAUGUGUGUCAUCAACCCACACAAUGCUCUCAGCAUCACGAGCCAAACCCUGCCAUCAUGUGGAGAGGGUGUCCAGACCCGGAAAAUCAGGUGUGUGAAGAAGGAAGAGGACAGGCGAAGCAGCGUGAAUGACUCUUUGUGCGGCCAGGAUGAUCGGCCUAUCACUACUCAGGCCUGCUACCUGCCUUGCCCUGGCCAAUGUGUCACAUCCGAAUGGAGCCUGUGGAGUGAAUGCCCUAUGGGCUGUAACGAAAAGGAAUCAAGAUGGAGAAGUAAAAGCGUACUGAGGAUGCCAGGUCAAGGACACACCUGCCCUGAACUGAAUCAGACACAGUCCUGUAGCAACACUACCUGUCUCUCAUACUCCUAUGCAUAUUCAGACUGGAGCAGUUGUCUACUCAGUGACAAUGCAAUAUGUGGCCAAGGAAUGAAGACACGCCUGCUGAACUGCAUCGAUAGUGACGGAAAACUCGUGGAACUCAGCAUGUGCAAGGAGUGGGGUCCUUCAAGAGGGAAGCUGUCUGCUCCAUGUGAAGUGAGCUGUCCUGUUGACUGCCUGCUGUCUGACUGGUCACCCUGGUCCGAGUGCUCACACACCUGUGGGGCACAAAGUCAGAUGACACGUUCCAGAUUAGUUCUACAUCAGGCAGGAGAAGGUGGUAGACCCUGCCCGUCUCAGCUCUCUCAAACAAAACCGUGUCCCAUCAGGCCCUGCUACAGCUGGAUGGUGGGAGACUGGAACACAUGCAGAGUGGAGGGUGCGGAGUGUGGUGACGGGGUGAGGGAGAGGAACAUGUCGUGUGUGGUGCACUGGGGUUCGCUCUCUGUGCCUCCUCAUCCCAAAGCAGUGCCAGAGGAUCUCUGUGUGGAGACCGAACUAAGCAAAGCUCUAGGGACAGAGCUCAGUCAGCCCUGCUCUAUUCCCUGCCCAGGAGACUGUUAUCUGACCAAUUGGUCACCAUGGAGUGUAUGCCAGCUGCUUUGUCUGGACGGACGGAGCUUUGAGACGUGGGGGCACCAGGCUCGAUCCAGAGCCGUGAUCGUCCAGGUGCCAGAGAACAAGGCUUCCUGUCCGAGUCAAGUCUACGAAACACGGCCGUGCCAACGAGGAACGUGUCUCAGUUAUGAGUGGGUCACAGGAGAAUGGAAGGAUAAUCAGAGAGCAGUGUGGUGUCAGCGUUCGGAUGGUGUUAACGUCACUGGAGGAUGUUUUCCUCAGAUUAAACCCUCCACUGUACAUCAAUGCAACCCACUGUGUAUCAAGCCCUUCUCAUUCUGUACUCAGAGUGGGACGUGUGGCUGUGAGAAGGGUUUCACCGAGGUCAUGACCUCUAAUGGCUUCUUGGAUUAUUGUACAAAAACCCCUGGGUCUGAUUAUAAGAAAGCAAAUGCGAAGAGAAGUGGGGGACGUCUGAGACGCAUGCACGAACAGAACGAGAGGACGGCCUGGACUCUGCAGCCGCUCGGCCCAGAUGGGCGGGUCAGGCUGUGGGUGUACGGGCUAAUGGCAGGUGGAUUCAUCAUGAUAGUUCUCAUCAUCGCAAUGUCCUUUCUGCUGUGCAAAAACCCUAAGGAUGAUCCGAACUCCUGUAGGACGCAAAGGGCAUUAGCGCUGGCCUAUGACGGUGAUGUGGACAUGUGAUCUGCUCAUGACACCACCGCGGACAUGUGUGUGUUCUGCUCCUGACACCACAACUCCUGCUUAUGCAACUCAGAGACCUCCUGAGACAAACCAAGGUCAUUCCAGCUGCAAGAACAAUACAGUUUAAAACCAAGCCCUGUGCCUCUACAUGUAGUGUGUGUGCUUUUGUGGUUUGAUUGCGUUUUUUCUUUUUUUUUUACAAAACAAAUUUGUACAGGGGUGUGGGCUAUUUAAAAAAAACAGCUGGAGAAUUGUUACAGAGGAGAAAUGAAAAUGGAUUAUUCAUUUUUUUUGUCGGAAAAAGACUUCCUUUAUGCACUAUAUUAGUGCAGUAUCAAGUAAAAGUGCUUUGGUUUUGUUGUCUAUAUUGUAAACCUACAUGUUGUUGUUGUUUUUUAUGAUGCUGGCUGUUCACUCUUCUUGAGGCUGACUACCACUGUUAAAUCCAGACAUCGGAUUGACAUCGCUUGUGGCUUCAUUUAGUCACAGAAAUUUGGGCUCGUGAGAAUCAACAGCAACUAUAUCGCUAUUUUGUGAUAUGUAUGUCAUAACUGUGUCCGG